AUGGGCAAGCUCACCAGCACGAUCGGCAUCCCAAUUAAGCUCCUCAACGAAGCGCAGGGCCAUGUCGUUACUCUCGAAAUCACAUCCGGAGUUGUUUACCGGGGGAAGCUCUUGGAAGCUGAGGACAACAUGAACGUCCAGCUCAAGGAUAUCACGGUCACCGCUCGCGACGGUCGUGUCUCCCAUCUCGACCAGGUCUACAUCCGCGGCAGCCAUGUGCGAUUCUUCAUUGUGCCAGACAUGUUGAGGAACGCUCCAAUGUUCCGUUCACGAGGCCAGCGCGGGCGCGGUGUCGGUUUGGCGCGUGGUAAGGCCACAGUGCAGCGCGCGCGCGGCCAGCGCCGGGGAUAAGUGGUUAGAGAGCGCAGUUUCAAGACCGCACCGAUACAGAGUGGUUGGCGUUUUUCUUUGUUGUUUUCUUGGUUAGGGGAAUUUUUUCUCGGGCUUCUUUGGUCUUGCUGAGUCUUAAAAUACUGGCAUUUC